AUGCCUUUUGCUCAAAAAUCAACUUACCCAUGUCACUCACUCGCAAAGCCAGAUAUCUACUCGGGAAAAACGGCAACAUUGUCUCAAAGAACUUUGGAAGGAAGCAAAAAACGCAAGUUGAGAGAAAUUGCUCCUGUGAAAACUGCAGCAAGUGUUGCUCAGUUUGAUGAAAGUGGCCCGCCGGGUAUGAUCUUUAUCCUCGCAGAACUAUCCGGAUUACGAGAGCAGGUAGCAAAGCUUGGAGACCGCGAAUUAUACAAGGUCAGAGAGUGA